UCUUUCUUGUUGAUCCAGAGAAAAAAACACGAAUCGUCUGGUUUCUAUAUUUUUAGUGCUGGCAUUACUGAUGCAUUGCGUGUGGACGUCAGUUUGUGAAAAUGCCCCUUAUAGGCUGAGCUGUGUGUUGAUUUGGUAGUCGAAAAGGUUGGUUAGGUUCCAGCUGUACUUUGGCUGGUAUUAGUUGCGCACAUAUUCACUGAGAGAGCUGGUUUUGGAGAUGCCAAAGCGCCUCCUGACUGUUACGCACUUCAGUACAAAGCAAAGUGAUCCUGUAGCACAAUCGGGGACUAUCGAUUGAUCUCCAGGUUUAGAGCGAAUCCAGGGAACCUUUCUUUCUCAUUUGGUCUUCUUUGGAUCAGAGACUGUCGGAUGCCUUGGUAAUGGGAUGUAGGAGAGGAGCCGAUGAAAGCUUUCCCUUGUUUGGAAAGCGAGACAUACCGUUUGAUUAUCGCAGGGAAUAAGUUUCGAUUUGAGUUCAAGCAAAUCGGGAAAUAAAGAAACGAGGACUAGAAGGAAUACACCAAAAAAUAACAGCAGAAGAGAACCCACUGGACAUUCACACGACUGUGCACCAAGGGGGUUAAUAAUACAGUCACUUCGGGAUCUUUAAUUGGUCUUUCUGAAACGUUAGCUUUGGGAGUACGACACUCGGAUUUUGGAAGGCAACAUUUUUGGGGAAAAACAAGCAAACAAACAACUAAGACUCUUUUUGGUGUGAUUGCAAUGGGAAUGCAGAUUUAUAAGCAUUAGAGGUCAAAUGAAAAUCUUUGCUUGUUUGUUGUUCUAAAUCUUGUAUUAAUGAAAUGGAAAAUCGGGGACUCUACAGCGUCCUUUAUUACCUGAUGCUGAAUGCGCCCCUAUUAUUAUAUGUAAAUGCGACAUUUACUGAAGUCCCCAAAGAUGUGACUGUCCGAGAGGGAGAUGAUAUUGAGAUGCCUUGUGCUUUCCGGGCCAGCGGAUCCACAUCCUUCUCCUUGGAAAUCCAGUGGUGGUAUCUUAAGGAACCCGCAGCAAGGGAACUUGCACAUGAACUGGCAAUUAGUGCCCCCGCAAACAGAGCUAAGGUCACUCCAAAAGACGCCACCAAAAUAAGUACUGUAAGAGUUCAAGGCAAUGACAUCUCACACCGCCUCCGACUCUCCAAUGUAAGAAAGCUGGAUGAGGGGGUCUAUGAGUGCAGGGUGUCCGACUACAACGGCGACGAGACUCGGGAACACAAAGCCCAGGCCGCUUUGCGGGUCACAUCCCGCAUCUCCCCUGAUAUGCAGGCUGCAGAGGCCGUGUCCCACAUCCAGAGCAGCGGGCCCCUCAGGAACAAUCCUGCCGGGAGAGCCACCUCCGAGCCAGGCCAGGACAAACGCCGUGUUCCACUUGCAGCAGGAGUUGUUCCGGUCUCUGUCUGUACAACUGCAGUUGCUGAUACCGCCUCGUCCCCAGCUUCAUCCCAGCCUGGCAAUGCAGCCAUCCUCCGACAGCAACAUGGAGCCGGUUCCGGAGCUACUUCCAUCAUCACAGCCCCCCUUCUGUAUAUUUCUCUGCUGAUCUUCCAUAGGCUUAUUCCCUUACUGGUGAACCACUGAUAGACUUCGACAAGCAAACUACAAUGCUACAAUCUUCUAUCAAUGUUUUCACUUGUAUCAAACGAAAAGGGAAAUAUACCUGUAUGGCACACCGUGGGGUAAUAAGAAAGAAAAAACAAACAGGGAUUCACAGAAGAACGACUGUCUUAAAGCUGGAUGUAAACAGACUGUAAGAAGCAUGACAAAAAAAAAAAGUUAAUUAAUUAAUUAAAAAGAAUUUAUGUGAAAUCAAGCUUCACAAUUGUGGGAAAUCUAGUGUCGCACACAACCGACAUCCACAAAAUGAUGCAUUAAAAUACUGGAGUGUCAAGCCCUGCUGUGUGCAUGGCAUCUAUGGUUUAUAUUAUUGUAAGUAACAUGAUUUUCCUUUGCAAAAUGGGUUCCUUCUGCUUUACGUUUUUGCACGAACUGUUGAACAGUCAGCCAUUCUUUUACAUGUCAAAAGUGAGGGCUCACAUCUGUUACGGAGGACAAUGUUUAGGUAGAUCAGUGUGUUUUAUUUUGUUCAGUUUUUUGUUUUUCUUUUUUUUUCCAAACAUUUUAAGUUAUAUAUAUAAAUGACUUCUAAUAUAUUUUGAUUAAAUAAGGCACACCUUACCAUAGUUACUAACCACCUUCAAUAAUGUUUAUUUUUAUUAAAGAGGGUAAACAAGAUAUGACAUUAAUUUCUAAACAUUUUUGGUAUAUUGCCAACACCAGUUGAAAUAAAAGAUUUUGAAAUAAACUACGCCUUUAAGUGUGAUACUUGCAGUGCAAGAAUUAUAUAACUUGCAUCCUUUACCAUGAGAGUGAGCUUGAGGACAUAAACAGCCUAUUUUUGGUUCAAAUUAUUUAAAUCAUGGAUGGAACAAAUACCUAAAAUAAGGUUUCUUCAGGGUAUUAUACAAAUCUUAAAUUAUCUAUGUUUAGUCAAAUGUGAUACUGCAAACAAAGAAGUUAUCAGCUGUAGUAAGCACUGGUUUGUAUAAGCAGUUGUGUAUGCAAGUCCUGUGAGGAGAUUGUCAACUCCCUGUGAAACAUAAGAACAUAAGAACAUAAGAACAUAAGAAAGUUUACAAACGAGAGGAGGCCAUUCAGCCCAUCUUGCUCAUUUGGUUGUUAGUAGCUUAUUGAUCCCAGAAUCUCAUCAAGCAGCUUCUUGAAGGAUCCCAGGGUGUCAGCUUCAACAACAUUACUGGGGAGUUGGUUCCAGACCAUAAGAACAUAUAUUUUGGACCCCACCUGAACAUUGAACCCUCUUUGCGGCACAUAGGAAUUUAGGUGGAGUCUGGUUGGAUGCCUCACACUGACUCUGCAGUGUGGAGGCAGGAGAAAUGGGUUUCACCUGAUUCAAGGGGAAGGUUUAGGAAAUGAAACGAUCAGAAGGAGCUUGCAAGAAAGUUGUCAUGCCAAUGGCAGACAACAAAACGGUUAUUAACCCUUUAAACCUUUAGACAGAUGUCUUAGUCUGGUGAAGGGACAUUCUAACCAUUGAAAAGAAAACAGAAUUAGUGAAACUUUCUAGAAAAAAGUGAAUGAAAAUAAAAACAAUCUGCAGCAAAGACCUUUUUUAAUUUUCUGCAGUCACUUGCAGUUUGGCUGUUGCGCUCGUUUUGAUGUAUUGUCUAACAUUAAGGCUCUGUAAAGGGCAUUCUUCCCCGAUACCCUUAGUAAUGUUCAUAUAAAACGGUUACAAGGACGCUUGUGAUCAGGAAAUGGACUCUGAUUUAAUUAGUAUUUUAAAAUGCACAUAGCAGCAGAGCAAAGAAUGCUCUAGGGUCUUCAACUAAACAUCUGAACCUGCUUCAAUAUGAAUAGAAUGUUUAUUAGGUUUGUAUUUAAACAGCAAAUGCAUUAAUGUAAGGGGAUGGGGUUCGAUAUAUUCAAAUUGCAUUUCAACAAGAAUGCAACACUCCAGACUCUUAGCGUAAUAAAGAAAAGGUAUGUGAAUGUUAAUUUGUCUGAUGUAGUCUGCAAUUUUCCUUAAACGGUAAUGCGUUUUAUCCAAUAUACUUUUUUUCAUUUACAGUUAAAUUGGCACAGAACAAAAAAGUAACGUAUUCAGAAGUACCGUAAGCAUGCCCAGCUAUUAUUAUUAUUUAUUUCUUAGCAGACGCCCUUAUCCAGGGCGACUUACAAUUGUUACAAGAUUUCACAUUAUACAGAUAUCACAGUAUUUUUACAUACAAUUACCCAUUUAUACAGUUGGGUUUUUACUGGAGCAAUCUAGGUAAAGUACCUUGCUCAAGGGUACAACAGCAGUGUCCCCCACUGGGGAUUGAACCCACAACCCUCCGGUCAAGAGUCCAGAGCCCUAACCACUACUCCACACUGCUGCCCUAUGCUAACCAAUUAAACACAUUUUCUAAUGCUGUUUAUCUGAUUACUUGGAUGAGCUACCUUGUGUACUCUCUAGAAAAUUACUAUUGUGGGUCAUUGUACAUGAACUUUGUUACAUGAGAAAUAAUUGUUUACUUUGUUUGCCUAAGGAGGCAAGUGAUAAUUGACUACCAACUAAAAGCAGCUUUCACAUUUGCACCUCACUGAAGAUACAUCUUGUUUAAUUUUCAGGUCAAGGUGGUUUAACCAGGGGAAGACACAGCAAAAUCAGAUAUGACUUGUUUAUGGUUUGCAAUAAUGUUCAGCUGAAUUGGAUGUUAUAAUGUAAAACCUAUACUUCAAAUCAUGUCACUCAUAGUUUUAGAUAAGUACUUCACAAUUAGUGUCACCAGAGUUCCAGAAUCAACAUUUGCUCAUCUAAUUAUGAUCAUUUCACAUCCAUGUUCUAAUUUAUAUUCCAAUAAUGUAACUCUGCAAUAAUAUAAUAAUGGUUCAAUUGUAAAAUGAGUUCCAAUAGCAUGCAUGUCAUGUCUCACUCAUUUUAGGAACUUUAGCAGUCUCGGUCCUAACAGAAACAAAAUGACAAUGCAAUUUGAGUAUUGCCAAAUCUCACUCCUAUUUUCUUUCAAAUCUCACUCAUUUAGAUGUUCUGACCUUGGAAUCUCUGCUGUUAGCUGGGGUUAUAUAUCUUUGAGUGUCCCUCACUCACUGCAAAAAAAACAACAGAACCUUAAUAACUAGUAGCAGCAGGUCACUAUGAGGUCAUUGCAGUUUUGCAGUGGAUAUUUAUUGUCUGAUCAUUAAAACUAGUUCAGCAAUGGUGUCUCUGCACUGUAGGAGAGGUGAAGAAGCUCAGUAAAUCACACAUUUGAACAAUUACAAAGCAGCAUCAAGAAAAUAGACUAAAACACCAGGGGCUGUGCCUAGGCUGUAAUCUAGUCUCUGCUACAAAAACAAUUUUCUAGUGCUUAUGAGUGGCAACAAAAUACCAAGAGAGACAAAUGACCUUAUCAGAAAGACCAGAAAAAGCCUACUAGAUAUUGCCUGAGGACCCGAGUCCCAAGCACUGGAAACCUAUGCUGAAGCAUCAGUGUGUAGACCACCCACAAAUGACAUCACUGAGCUCAGCCAAGACAGAUAUUAUGCAGCAACAUUGUCUACAUACAAAACUGUUCUGUGAUUUAUGCAAGCAAGAAGCAUUGGAUAUGGGAUAUAAGACAUCAGGGGAAAAAAAAAUGUUUAGGAUCUACUUAAUGGAAAUAUAAAUCCAGCAGAGUUAUAGGUUAUAUGAAGCUGACAUGGCUUUUAUGUCACUUUAACGUGACCUGUGAGAUUCUGAAGUCCAGAAAAAGGAGCAUCGUGAAUGCUGGAGGUGUUUUGCUUAUCUGACAGCUCAAUAAAUGUAAUACAGAUAUUGCAGUAUUUUUUAUUUUAAAAAAAUGUGAGAAGAAGCUGGAUUGGACAGUCAUACAUAAACGUAGCCUGUACUGAAUUUGUGACAGUUGUUAUACUGUUGCAUUUGACCACAACUGAAAUUUCGAUACAAUAUAUACAUAAAUUCACAACUAAUUACGUUACAUUCAUCAUUCAUUUUUGUUCUGUUUUCUAUGACUUACUUAACAAUUGAGAAUGUACAAUUCGCCUUUAACUUCCUAAUCCUAAUGUUUACGUCCUGCGUUUCUUUAAUUGAGAUCAAUGGUGCAUCUAAAGAGACAGGGGAUAGCAGAUUAACUUUUUUGUGUUUUAUUUGUUCAUUAUCUUUUUUUUAAGUUACAUUCCUGUGGAACUCGUUGUUUGUAUAUAUAUAUUUAACAGCACUGUAAAUAAAAGUAAGCACCUUCCAUCUAAAAGCAUUUUUCUUGGACAUUCUUUUAUUUCCUCCAUGACUGUGCCUAGACUGUCACUCCUGACACAUCCACACAUUCUAACAAUACCAUUGUAGAUGCUCUUGUUCUGCCAUUGCUCUGUAGUACAGCAUCGUUGCAUUGUCAUUGUAAUGCUGUUGCACUGAAAAUCACUUGGGAAAUAAUGUUCAAUCAUGCAACAAUUUUUGUCUUACAAAUAUACAGACAAGUCUGGUUAUGUAUUGUUG